AUGAGGUGUUUGAGUGCAGGUGCCUGUGUUGAAAGAAGUGUGUUGCUUGUGGGUGCUGUCCUGACUUGUGAGGUGGGUGGCAAGCGGGUGGAUAUGGUGAAGGCUCUUGAGUCUCUGAAGCCUUGGGAUGAAAUGAGUGAGGUGAUGGGUGCUGGUUUUAAGCUUAUCGCGCAAGUCCCCGACCUGGUAGUUGGGUUGCCCGGAGAGGUACACGAAGAACUGUCGAAAGCGGAGCUGAACGCCCUGCACGCCGCGGUGCUGUUCGACCGGCGACUACGUGCCGUAAUUAUCGUGGCCGGGAGCCACUGUCUGUAUGCGUUGGAGCAAGUGAUUCAGGCACACCCUGAUACUUGCGGAAUAACACCCGAGCUGGGGCACGCCAUUCGGGAAUGGGUAACGGCGUUUCGGAACCGCGUCGGACCGGCGUACCACCCCUACCCGGCUACCGACGCUACCCGAGUCGCAGACCUAAAGUUCUUUCUACUGCGGCUUUCCCGAGUCUCCGUAAGAAACAUAAAACACUUCAAUACAUGCACCAUACCCAUCCUCCAACCCUGCAACCCAGACGCUGUCUUGCCCGAUGUCUGGCAACGGGCCCAAGCCGAGCUUGGGUCCGUCAUUGAAGGGGAAGUGCAGGAAGUCUCAGCCGUGAGCUCGGACGAAUACAAACAAAGGAUGGGACCACUAGCGAUAGCCGGCCUCGCCGCUCCGAAACCAACUACUGCUCCGGUGACUCGACAUGUCCAUUUUUCAUGA